GUCGUAACUUAAUUUGCAUUGUCCUUCACAAAGUGUUGAAUAGUUUGGCAGGCUUUCCAGAUAAACACUUUUCUCGUAAAUUCCAGGCAACGAACAGAAGAUGACGGGGACGAUUACGACCCCCAUCUACACAGGGAAGUCGAGAAACCCACCAAUAACGUUGAAACACUCAUUCAUCUGCUUAAAGGAUGCAUCGGAACAGGAAUUUUGGCCAUGCCAGAGGCUUUUAAAAGGUCUGGAAUGUCCUGUGGCAUCGUGUCGACGUUACUUAUAGGCAUCCUCACUGCUUAUGUUAUUAAUAUUUUAAUAAAAUCUCAAUAUGUAAUGUGUAAGAGACUCAAAGUUGGACUGCUAACUUAUCCAGAAUCUUUGAAAGUCGCUUGUGAAAGUGGUCCAAAAUGUUUUCACAAUUUUGCUCCAUAUGCUCCCCUGGUGGUGAACCUCUUCCUUGUCAUCUACCAACUGGGUAUCUGCUGCGUUUACGUAGUUUUUUGCAGUGCUAACGUGAAAUCGGUUGCCGAUUAUUACAUGGACGAAGAAAAACGAAUACCACUGAUAUAUUUUAUGUUCAUGUGGUUUUUGCCGUUUUUUGGUAUAAUGUGCGUAAGGAAUUUAAAGUUGCUGGCUCCAUUCUCUUGGGUUGCAAACAUCAUAACGUUGGUUACUUUUGGAGUGGUUUGCUAUUACGUUUUCCCUGGUUUACCUGAGUUUACCAAGUAUCCUCAUUUCGGGAAAAUAGAGGACUAUCCAUUGUAUUUUGGUACUACUCUUUUUGCCCUACAAGCUAUCGGUGUGGUAAUUGCUGUGGAAAACAAUAUGGCAACCCCGAAAAAAUUCCUUGGUCCUUUUGGAGUACUCAACAUCGGUAUGGGUAUUGUUACAGUAAUUUAUGUCGGCAUGGGUAUGAUGGGCUACUGGCAAUAUGGCGAAGACAUUAAAGGAUCCAUUACUUUGGCCCAAACGAUUAAUUGCAUGUAUGCAGUGGCCAUUUUUAUUUCCUAUGGAUUGCAAGGAUAUGUUCCUGUUCAAAUAUUGUGGACCAACUAUAUUUUACCGAAGUUGGAAAAUAGUAAACACAAACUGGGAUGGGAAUAUCUCCUAAGAUUUGGCUGUGUUGUUCUUACAUAUAUUGUCGCAAUUGCAAUACCAGUACUAAACAUAGUAAUAUCAUUGGUUGGUGUUUUUUGUUUGCCCCCGUUGGGCAUUAUGUUUCCUGCAAUGCUGGAAAUAUGCGUAAAAUACCCUGAUUUUGGUCCAUUGAGAUUGAGGCUGGUCAAAAAUAUUUUACUUAUAAUUCUUUCUAUUGUGGCCUUUCUGGCCGGCCACGAACAGAAGAUGACGGGGUCGAUUACGACCCCCAUCUACACAGGGAAGUCGAGAAACCCACCAAGUAAGACAAAUAUUUUCAUUGGAAAAAGAAAUUGUAUUUUUUUUAGUAAUGCUGAAUCACUCAUUCAUCUGCUCAAAGGAUGUAUCGGGACGGGCAUUUGGGCCAUGCCAGAAGCUUUUAAGAGGUCUGGAAUGUCCUGUGGCAUCGUGUCGACGUUUCUUAUAGGCAUGCUCACUGCUUACGUUAUUAACAUUUUAAUAAAAUCUCAAUAUGCCUUGUGUAAAAGACUCAAAGUUGGACUGCUAACUUAUCCCGAGUCUAUGAGAGUCGCUUGUGAAGUUGGUCCAAAAUGUUUUCACAAUUUUGCUCCAUAUGCUCCCUUGAUGGUUGACAUCUUCCUUAUUAUCUACCAACUGGGUACCUGCUGCGUAUACGUAGUUUUUUGCAGUGCAAACGUGAAAUCGGUUGCCGAUUAUUACAUGGCCGAAGAAAAACGAAUACCACUGGAGUAUUAUAUGUUGAUGUGGUUUUUGCCGUUUUUUGGUAUCCUGUGCGUAAGAAAUUUAAAGUUGCUGGCUCCAUUCUCCUGGGUUGCAAACCUCAUAACGUUGGUUACUUUUGGAGUGGUUUGCUAUUACGUUUUUCCUGGUUUACCUGAGUUUACCAAGUAUCCUCAUUUUGGAAAAAUAGAGGACUAUCCGUUGUAUAUUGGUUCUACUCUUUUUGCCCUACAAGCUAUCGGCGUGAUAAUUGCUGUGGAAAACAAUAUGAAGAGCCCGAAAAAGUUUCUUGGUUACUUUGGAGUACUCAACAUCGGUAUAGGUAUUGUCACUGUAAUUUAUGUUGGCAUGGGUAUGAUGGGCUACUGGCAGUAUGGCGACGCAAUUAAAGCAUCGGUUACAUUAAAUUUUCCAACCAAUGAAAUGUAA